AUGGAUUGCAGAACGAAGAGGCAUAAUGGGAACAAGAUUGUGAGGGUCAAGCUUAUCAUUAGUCAUUGGCAGGCCCGAAGACCCGAACUGGCCAGGCAGACCGAAGAUCUGAACGGGUCAGGCAGGCCCGAAGACCUGAAUGGGCCAAGCGGGCUUGAAGACCCGAACUGGCCAGGCAGGUCCAAAGAUCCAAAUGGGUCAAGCGGGCCCGAAGACCCGAACGGGCCAAGCGGACCCGGUGACCAAAACCUGUCAGGCAAACCUAAUGACCAAAAUAGGUCAGGUGGGCCCAAAGACCCGAACGUGCCAAAUGGGCCCAAAGAACUGAACGGGCCAAACGGGGUCGAAGAACAAAAUCGGCUAGGUGGGCCUGAUGACCCGAACGGGCACGCUGGGCCCGAUUACCCAAUGAGCCCAGCGGGCCCGAAGACUUAG